UCGCGUGCCUAGGAAGCGAGUUCAGUGUAUUUAACAUAAAAGAAAGUUUAAUUCAAAUCAAAUUCGAAAAAAACUUGUUGUGUAAGAGAAAGAAGGAAAUUACCAAGAAGCAACAAACCAAGAGAAAAAACAACCCCAAAACAAGAAAUUAUAAAAAUGAAGUUUCUGAUUGUUUGCUCCUUGCUGGUGGCCUCCGCUGCUUCCUUGAAAAUCCAUGAAUAUGCCGAAUAUAAGCAUGAGGGUGGCGAACAUGAGGCCCACCAUGGAGGCGAGGAGAUCGAAGCCCAUCAUGAAGUUGAGCAUAAACACGCCACCUCCCAUCAGAGUGUAAAAUUCCAUCAUUAUCAUCCCGUGCCGGUGUACAUCAAAAAGGAAGACCAGCAUUUGGUUAAGAAGCCCGUGGAGAUUGGAGGCACCAAACAAAAAUUGAAGAUCCUCCAUCCUGAGACUAAGAAGAAUCAUAAUCAUGGUUUGGUUUUGGAAGAGCAUAGCGAAUCGAAAUUCCAUCACAUCGGCCAUCAUGAGGAGGAGCCCGAGCAUCAUCAUCACGAAGAGGAGCAUUCGGCCCACUAUGAACACUACUAUCCUCAUCACCAUGAAUAG